UCGAAACAAUGGUGUUCAUUAAAAGAGUUGCAUAUUCGACAGAUGUCAUAAAACAGAUGUACGAUGCCUCUAGAUGGGAAAAGCUAAAAACUAUGUAUAGAAUAUAUUACGAAACCAACCCCACAUUUGCAGUGGUGGUACCUAUAGCAGUUACUAUGAUCCUAAGUGGCUAUGCAUUCAAUUUGUAUAUAAAAAAGCACAGGGGAGAGCCAAAGUUUCACGACUACCUGUGUAUUUACAGACCUGACGAUCCCAGAGUUAAAAAGAUUAGGACAGAUGAUGUCUUACUUGUCAGAAGAUUACCUAACUGGUGGGAGCGGGAUAUGCCAAUGUAAUUUUGCAUUGAAAUUAAAAGAUGUAGCAAAAAACAUAAUUACAAAUAAACGUAA